CGUUUCCUGACAAACAGGAAGUAGGAUAAUUCCCAUCUUCAGGGAGAUAUAAGGUCUACUGUACUCUUCUCUUCGGGAAAAUAAACUCGUAAAUAAAUUUGUUACUAAGUUAACGCGUCUGCAACGUGAAACAUAAUGUCGAGGCAGUCCAACAGAACAACGGAGAGCAAGAAGAUGAAUUCAGAGCUCUUUACUCUGACGUAUGGUGCACUGGUCACCCAGCUCUGCAAGGAUUACGAGAAUGACGAGGAGGUGAACAAACAGCUGGACAAGAUGGGUUACAACAUCGGAGUGAGGCUCAUAGAGGAUUUCCUGGCGCGGUCGAGCGUGGGACGCUGCCACGACUUCAGAGAAACUGCCGAUGUCAUUGCCAAGGUGGCAUUUAAGAUGUACCUGGGCAUCACCCCAAGUGUGACCAACUGGAGCCCAGCGGGGGAUGAAUUCUCCCUCAUUCUAGAGAGUAACCCCUUGGUGGACUUUGUAGAGCUGCCAGACAACCACAGCAACCUUGUGUACUCCAACCUCUUGUGUGGUGUUCUGCGGGGAGCACUGGAGAUGGUCCAGAUGGCAGUGGAUGUCCGGUUUGCUCAGGACAUGCUGAGGGGUGAUAACGUGACGGAGAUCCGGAUGAAGUUCAUCAAACGUAUCGAGGAGAACCUUCCAGCAGGGGAUGAAUGAGCAGCAGCACAAAUGGGAUUGCUAGACAUGGAGGAGGAGGAGCCAGAGAUGGCUGGGAACAAUGAUGGACUCCAUCUAGAUCAGGUUCCAGCGAAGUCUGUCCCUGAUGUUAUGGGAACCAUGCCUGGGUGUGCCAGUAGACAGCCAAUUUUUGACUUCUCCUUCACCAUUGGGACACUUGUAUUCAUAAGCAAGCAGGGUACAAAUAUCCAAAAUACCCAGCCCUUGAUGCUGAAUUCUGUACACUGGAUUCAAGUGUGUUUAGGGGUCCACCCCCCCGCCCCCCCCCCCCAUUAUAAAUUGGUUCAAGCCAAAUGGGGAAAACUGUUGUUUUGAACAAAAGUGGUUGUGUUCUAGUUUGUCUUCAUAUUGUCAUAUUUUCCUUGUUUUGAUUAUUUUUUUCCUUACUGCUUUUGUUCGUCACACGAAUGACUUCCUUGCUAAAUUAUUAAUAAACAAACCCUUACAAUG